GAAUGAAGAAGAGUCAGCUCUCUGGUCUCCCAGCAACAGUGUAAAUAACUCGAUGCUUUUGAGGUGAAGUGAAUGAAACUCGGCUUCUGUCCCGGUUAUUUGAUGGACUAACGCCAGGGAACGCGACGUGAAUCCCGAGAACAACAUCCUGAGGCUAAAAAUCACAGAUCACGCUGACAGCGGAUGGUCGCUGGUUAGCCAAUGGGGCUGUUUGAUAAGUUGGUGAGUUGGCUGGGCCUGAAGAAGGAGGUGAACGUCCUGUGUCUCGGCCUGGACAACAGUGGGAAAACCACCAUCAUCAACCAGCUCAAGCCCUCCAAUGCUCAGGCGCAAGACAUCGUCCCAACCAUUGGUUUCAGCAUAGAGAAAUUCAAGACAUCCAGUCUGUCCUUCACAGUGUUUGACAUGUCUGGCCAAGGCCGGUACAGAAAUCUUUGGGAGCAUUAUUACAAGGAGGGUCAGGCGAUCAUAUUUGUCAUCGAUAGUGCCGACAAACUGAGGAUGGUUGUGGCCAAAGAAGAACUUGACACUUUACUAAAUCAUUCCGAUAUUAAACACAGGAGAAUUCCCAUCCUUUUCUUUGCCAACAAGAUGGAUGUCAGAGACUCUCUGUCGUCAGUCAAGGUCUCACAGCUGCUCUGUUUGGAGAACAUCAAAGACAAACCCUGGCACAUCUGUGCCACAGAUGCUCUGAAAGGGGAAGGUUUACAGGAAGGAGUCGACUGGUUACAAGAUCAAAUCAAAACCAUGAGGACAUGAAGAGCCGAGGAGCAGAGACACUACACUCAAGUAUCCACAUCGGUGGAGGUCGUACGUAAGAUGUGACCAUAGUAAAUGUUUUUAAUCCGGUAAUGAGAUGGUUCUUAAAUGUGUGUAGAGUGAUGAAACGAGCCCAUAAUGUGAAUCUGUGAAGAAAAAGCACUUACAGAACUUAAAUACCUGGAAAUAGGGGGAAUUAUUUUCUCAAUUAAUCGAGUAAUCGUUUCAUCCAUAAAAUGUCAAAAAAUGUUGAUCAGUUUUUCUCAAACCUAUUUUGUCCAAAAAACAACAACUAUUCUGUUUUAAUGAUUUCUUUGUUACAUGGUGCAAAGAAACCAGGAAAUAUUCACAUUUAAGAAGCUGAAAAAUCAGAAAACUUGUUUUGAUUCCUUAAAAAUACUCGAUUCAUCGAUUGUCAAAAUAGUUGACGAUUAAUUUAGUAAUGAUUAAUAAUCGCUUAAUCGAGUCAUUAUUUCAGCCCUAGUCCUGAUACAGAAAGUUAGGGAGCUGCCUGGUGGCCUGUGAAGGUACUGCAGGUGAGCUAGAAUAAGGUCAUUAGUUUUGAAAUUAAGUUUUAAAUAAUCAUAAAAUAUUCCCAGUCAAAUUUAAGUUCUCAGAAGCAAUAAAACGAAGGCAUGGGAUUCAAUAUAAGCACUGUUCCUUUGUAACACGUGUCAACACAUUUGUUGUCCCCCCUCAUAUUCAGAUAGGAACAAAUCUAUGAUUUAACACUUAAUUAUGUGCUGGUCAGCCUUGAUGGCGUCUGUAAAAAGAAAGAAUAGACAUAAUAACAUAUGUUAUUAAAUAUUUUGUCGGGUAGAAUUUAAAGUACAGUUUCCUAAAUGAUCAAUUUUCUGUAUAUUUCAAUUCCCAUCGUCUCCACUGGCUUCUACAUGACUCGGUGAAGUCAUUCAUCAUUUAUUUAAAUCUUCAGCAGAGGCAAAUGUCCUCCUCGUAGCUCGUGUCGUCGCUCUCAGAGUCGUUCCAUCUCACUGUCACAUUAAAAACAAACGUUACUAUGGUUUAUUUUUGACCUGCAGCUAAAUGUAAACGCAGCCUUGUUUGAACAAUGCUCCUUUUAAAUAGCUGUGAAAUCAUAUUUUGUAUAUCGGAGAUUAUAUUAUAUAAUUUUGGGCCAGUUGUAGACGGCUUUUUGUACCUGGUAGAUUCUGUUGUACAUACUGUACUUGUGGAAAAGUGAAUAGAGUUUGGAGUUUGUUUCAAAGUCAAAAUGUGGUUAUUGAUAGAGGAAUAAUACGCACAUUGUCGAAAAGGGAGGUAUAGCUCAUGUAUUUACUCCUUUAGUAAGUUUUGCUCUUAAAUAAUUGAUCUCUUCAUGUGCUAGAAACAUUUUUUGGCCACGACUCUGUAUAUGCUUGGUUUCUGGCACUUGUGUCAUAUAUGUUACUUCUAAAGUUUUCUGUGGCUAAGGAUUAAAUGCCUGGGCUCGACCUCCUUCAUUUUCACCUAGAUUUUAUAUUUGCCUUAUAUUAAGUCAUUGUUAAAGCGUUCCCAGGGUAAAUUAUAACAGGCUGAAGCUUCCAUAGAGUUCAUAAUGCAAGUGUGUGUUGGUCCCACCCUAACAUCUUGCAUUAAAAGUGAACAGAUCACAGUA